AUUAUAAAGACGAUGUGGAGAACCACUUACCAGGUUUUGGUGAUAAUGAUACAAAUGGAAAUAAUACUGAUGACCAUGAUGUAGAUGUUAAUGAAACAGUAUUGAAAGUUGGGAAUUUAUUUAAUGACUGGGACCAUGUUCAAGCUGUUGUUGAUUCGUUUGCCAAGCAAAAUGGUUUUGUAGCCAAUAAAAACCGUAAAGAUCUUGACCCUGUUGAUAAGUCUAUUGUUCGUCGACGUACCUACAAUUGCUGGAAAGCAGGAACUUAUCAACCAAAAAAGGUCGAAGAUAUAAAUUUGCACCGUGAUAGUAGUUCAAAUAAAACAAAUUGCAAAUGGGAAGUUGGUUUUUAUCUUGGAAAGUAUAAGAAAAAAGUACGGCUUACUAAACUUAACAAUAAGCAUACUCAUAGCUGUGAUGUAGCAACUAUUGAAUUGGCGCCAAAAAAUUUAUGUCUUCCACAGGAAAUCCUGGAUAAGAUUGAGCAUUAUACUACAAAUGGUCGUUUAGGUGCUGAAUCCACUCAGCGUGUCGAAUCUAUCAUUGGGGUUAUUAAAAAGCAUGUUGACUGUGGCACUUUAUUAAAGGAAUUGGUAAAUGCUAUUGAUCAAGAGUUAGAAAAGGAAGCACAAUAUACUCGGAUUGCAGAUUAUUAUGGGUCCAAUCCAUCUGUUGGUCUUGUGUCUAUUUAUAAUACUAUAUUUAAAGGAAUUGAUUCUGUGUUAGAGGCUAAGUUGGCACCUAUUCCAUUAUCUCUACAAAGGGCUCAAAUGAAUCAAGCUUUAUUAUAUCAAGCAACUCUAGUUUCAAUUGACCAGGUUAAGGAAUGUGAUGUUAAUAAUAGCGAUAUAAUUGAACGAUUAUAUGAUACACCUCAAAUUCGUUUAUUGGAACUUAUGACUGAUAUACCUUCUAAUGCACUUAAAGAGCUUUGA